CUUCGUCCUCCGAGUUGGCGCCUAGGGCUGUUGAUUGGCUUUUCUGGACGCCCAUUGUGCCCAUUUCAUACCACGUGGCACUCCUGACCCUAAUUGGGCAAUCCCACCAGCUCGUUGAUUAACGCUUGACUACUGAUUGGCUGCUAUGAGGGAGGGCUUGAGGAAAGGGCGUGACCCGUUGAUGCUCCGCCCCCAACUCUGACCGGCCGGGCACUCGUUUCAGUUGCUGGCGGCUGGGGAGCCCAGCGGAUCUCCCGUCUGCGUUCUGUGCCUCGCGGGCCCGUUCAUCCUGGCCCCGCCAGACAGGCGGGGGGAGCGGCCCGGACUGCGGGGCCAUGGCAGUAGACUCCUCGUCCUCCGCCGCUGCUAGCCCCGCGGAAUCGCAGGCUUCUGCGCGAAGGACCCCCACCGCCUCUGCGGGCUAAGAGCCGCUGCCGCCUCCGAGCUGCGAGGGCUACUAUGCUCCCUCUUUGCCGCCGCUUCCCCCUCCCGCUCGCGCAGGCACCCCUCUGGCUGCUCAGUCCCGCCUCAGUGUCAAACCAGAAGAGAAGUAAAAAUCAACAAAAAUUUAUUAUGUGUGGAGUUCCUUCUUAAAAGAAGAAAAAAGUGAUUAUUGCGACUAUGGAUCGGAGCAAACGGAAUUCAAUUGCAGGAUUUCCUCCACGUGUGGAGCGUCUUGAAGAUUUUGAAGGAGGUGUUGGAAACGAUGGAAACAUGACUCAGGUGGGAAGAGUUUGGCCAUCUUCAUAUCGAGCUCUUAUAAGUGCCUUUUCCAGACUGACACGAUUAGAUGACUUCACCUGUGAAAAAAUAGGGUCUGGCUUCUUCUCUGAAGUGUUCAAGGUGCGUCACCGAGCUUCUGGUCAGGUGAUGGCUCUUAAGAUGAACACCUUGAGCAGUAACCGGGCAAAUAUGCUGAAGGAAGUGCAGCUUAUGAAUAGACUCUCCCAUCCUAACAUCCUUAGGUUCAUGGGUGUAUGUGUACAUCAAGGACAAUUGCAUGCACUUACAGAGAACUGCCUGAUAAAGAGGGAUGAAAAUGGUUACUCCGCAGUGGUAGCUGACUUUGGCCUGGCUGAGAAGAUCCCUGAUGUCAGCAUGGGGAGCGAGAAGCUGGCUGUGGUGGGCUCACCCUUCUGGAUGGCACCUGAAGUUCUCCGAGAUGAGCCCUACAAUGAGAAGGCGGACGUGUUCUCCUAUGGUAUCAUCCUCUGUGAGAUCAUCGCCCGCAUCCAGGCUGAUCCGGACUAUCUUCCCCGCACAGAGAACUUCGGGCUGGACUAUGACGCUUUCCAGCACAUGGUGGGAGACUGUCCCCCAGACUUUUUGCAGCUUACCUUCAACUGCUGUAAUAUGGACCCCAAACUGCGCCCGUCCUUUGUGGAGAUUGGAAAGACCCUGGAGGAAAUUCUGAGCCACCUACAGGAGGAAGAGCUGCAGCCCACAGGACUCCUGGAGAAAGGAUCUGGGGUGAAGCGACUGAGCUCACUGGAUGAGAAGAUCCCUCCCAAGUCCCCACGCCCAAGACGUACUAUCUGGCUGUCUCGAAGCCAGUCAGACAUCUUCUCCCGUAAGCCUCCACGUACAGUGAAUGUCUUGGACCCCUACUACCGGCCACGAGGUGGUGCUGCUAGCACCCCCAAAAUCAAUCCUUUCAGUGCUCGCCAGGACCUCAAGGGUGGCAAGGUCAAGUUCUUUGACCUGCCCAGCAAGUCUGUUAUCUCCCUGGUAUUUGACCUGGAUGCACCAGGGCCUGGAACUUUGCCUGUGGCUGAUUGGCAGGAACCCCUGGCCCCACCUGCUCGCCGGUGGCGUUCUUUGCCUGGUUCACCAGAGUUCUUUCAUCAAGAGGCCUGUCCAUUUGUAGGCCGAGAAGAAUCACUCUCUGAUGGGCCCCCACCACGUCUCAGUAGUCUCAAGUACAAAGUAAGAGAGAUCCCACCAUUCCGAGCAUCUGCCCCACCAGCCGCUCCAGCCCAUGAAGCCAUGGACUGCUCCAGUCCCCAGGAAGAAAACGGUUUCGGGCCCAGGCCUCAGGGGGCCAGUUCAUGCCUUGCAGGUUCCUCUGAGGAGAUGGAGGUAGAAGAAGAAAGGCCAAGAGGCUUGGCUCCAGUCUCCUUGUCUGUCUCAGGCGUAGGCCUGAAAACCCAGGGAGAGCAGGAUGGGUGAGAGGGGUUAAUCCCUGCCUCACUGAGGAUGGACCUUCAGCUGAAGCCACAGGGCCCCCUUGGUGCACAGCUUUGACUCUCCCCUGGGGCCUACAGAGCAGGCAGGCUAGGCCAAGCCUGACUCAACUUUGGGACUCCCAGUGCCCAGUGGCUGUGAGAGGGAAGGCAGCAGUGAGAGGCCUUCCUUGUUAGGGCCAACAGUUGGUACCAAGCCUCUGAAAUCCUGCAAGGAGCUCUGGCUCCCACCUGACCCCCCAGUGCACUUCUGCAGACAGGACCAGAGGACUCCUAGUUCUAGUUUGAGCUGGCACGCAGCUAUUAUCCCAGGUUCUUCUUCCACCCAGGUCUGUCUCUUGCCCUUUCAUGGGGCAUAUAAGCUACUGGAUGGAACCUGGAGCUGACCGUAAAGGGCAUGACAAUUUCUCAGACCUGAAGACUGGGGUGCUUCUUGCCAGUAUGUCUAAGACACUUGAAUAAUUGCUGUUUGCACUUACUGCACAGUCAGACCACAUCACUACAUUUCUAUGCAAGGGGAGGGCAAGGCAGCGUGGUGGUCAUGGCUCUUAGCUAACCUAUUCAGAGAUCUUUUCCAGUUGAUUAACCUAUUUUCAUAUUUAUGAAGCAGUCUUAAUGUUCUGCCCCAUAAGACUUUCAACCUUGUGGUUGGGAGUGGGGCUGGUUUCGUAGGCCCUAGGGCCUGCUCUGUGUAUUUGUCAACAUGUGAUACACCCAAUUGGUUAAACGGUUUAUACAUGGACUGAUUUUCUUCCCUUCCUGCUAUGGCUGGAGCUAUGGGAACAGUCUGUCUUUAUAGUGUCGCAAUAAGAAAUAACCAAAGAUAAAGCUGGUCAAACAUUUUCAUAACUUGUUUCUAGUGAUUUUUGGGGUAAAACUUCCCCAAAACACUCUCAGACUUAAAAAUAAAGUUGGUUAUUACA